CAAAUAAUUUGUUGUGUUCCACUUUUUUAAUACAUAUUCGCGUCACAUGCAGUCCAGAAGUUGUGUUAUAAUAGAGUAGGGUAUCUACGUGGUAUAUGUGUCCUACUAAAGAAGGUAAUAUUAUUAACUAUAACGCUAAUAAACGGAAGUUACGGCGUUGAACGCGACAUGGACAUUGUUCCGGAAGAUGUCAACGAGAGAAAGUGUGUUUCCGGAAGACGUGGCUGUUGCUGCAGUGGCAGCUGUCAUCCAAAUUAUUCCGAGAAGCUUCAAUAGAGUUUUUCUUCUGCUUCUUUCCCUUCCAACUAAUAUUCAAGAUGAUUUCACUAACGGACUCUCAGAAGAUUGGAAUGGGAUUAACUGGCUUCGGGGUGUUUUUCCUCUUCUUCGGUAUGAUCCUGUUCUUUGACAAAGCACUUCUGGCUAUUGGAAAUAUCCUCUUUGUUGCUGGACUCGCCUUCGUCAUUGGGCUAGAGAGGACCUUCCGCUUCUUUUUUCAGAAGCACAAGAUGAAGGCCACCAGUUUCUUCCUGGGAGGAGUGUUUGUGGUGUUGAUUGGCUGGCCCAUUAUUGGGGUUGUGCUGGAGAUCUAUGGUUUUUUCCUAUUGUUCAGAGGCUUCUUUCCAGUCGUUGUAGGCUUUAUCAGAAGAAUACCAGUCCUGGGCUCCAUCCUAAACCUGCCCUUUAUCAGUGCAUAUGUGGACAAAGUGGGCGAGAGCAACACCAUGGUAUAACAGUGACUUUUUGUACCCAGAUAAAGUUGCUUGAGUACAGAUUUUAUAACCCAUCAGUCUCCCACGGCGCUGAGGUAAAGCAUCUGAAGAUAGAUCAGAUUCAGAUUUCCCCAUUGAUGCAGACAAAGACUGUUUUCUGUCUGUAAUUUCACUGCUCAGCAUUACCAACAACAAUGCCUUGCACCAACAGUUUGUUACUGGUGCUACUAAGGUCACUACAAUAAAUACCAAUCACUUCACCAUUGACUACAUCUUGCAUUAAAGUGGAGGAUAGAAGACUCCCUCACGGCCUGACUUUGUCUCCUCGAUGUUCAGAAUCUGUGGAACUACCAGAAAAAACUGCCUCCCCCCUACAAGGAUGAGAAGUGGGCCAACAUCCUGCCAUGUUUUUCAUGUUUCUGUGCCUGUGCUUUAACUUCAUUUGCACAAAAGCUUUUAAACCCACCAUUUUGGUUCUUCAGUUAUUCUGUGACACAUGAUUUGUUUUUUGUUAGUUUCUGUCUUCCAGCUAUUUGAAUACAGAGUAUGCCUGCUGUAAUAUUUCCUUUCUGAUUUCUGUUCAGCGUUGGCUAGAAGUGCUUCAGUAUAAAUUAUUUUUUAAAUAUGAUUGCUUGACGUCAUGUGUUGUGACAGACUGAUCAUACUUGCCGGGAUAGGUACAAUUGUUGAGUGUUUCAAUCAUCAUUAAGUUAUAAAAACAGUGUACAGUUUAUGCAAAGCUUCUUGUUUUAAAAUAUACUGCUCAAAGAAAAAUGAUGGGAUACAUCAGAUCUUGAUGAAUGAAAUAUCCAAGUUGGAAAUCUUUGCUGACAUAUAUUGUGUAAUUAUUAUACAACAGCAACAAAAUAUAACAAUUAUUUUAUGGUCAGUGAAAACCAGAAUGAUCUACCUUUGAGGGCUGGAUCUAAAAUCACACCAAAGUUGACCACCUACACCGACCUGUUGUGUGGGCCCUGAGAGAUGAGAUGGUACUAUGGUACUAUAUAAUGCAUUAGACUUGUAUAGUGCUUUUCAAGGUACUCAAAGACACUGUAAAAUUUCAUGCAGUAUUCAUUCACAGCUACUACUGUAGCCACAGCUGCUCUGGGGCAGUCUGACAGAAGCAUGCCAAUUUGUGCCAACAGCCACCACCAAACACCAACCCCACAACCACACUCACACUUAGGUUAAGUGUCUUGCCCAGGGACACAAUGACAGCAUCAGACGGGGACUCGAACCAACAACCCUCCGGUUGCGAGGUGAGCACCUACCCACUGCUCCACUGCCACCUGCUAUAAACAAAGAUGCAGACCAAAGGGGACUGUAAUUAUCUAAACCUUCUGCUUGGAACUUCAUUGCAAAACGGGUCAGGUAAAGUUACUGUGUCACAUAUGUAUGUGU